AUGGCUAAGACUACAGUGACACUUGCCUCCGGCCGUGAAAUGCCUCUAGUAGGCUUCGGGCUAUGGAAAGUUCCCAAGGCCACAGCUGCUGAUACUGUGUACAACGCUAUCAAAGCUGGUUACCGCCUCUUCGAUGGCGCCUACGACUAUCAAAACGAAAAGGAAGCUGGAGAAGGCAUUCGUCGUGCCAUUUCCGAAGGCCUUGUCACCCGUGAAGAAAUUUUUAUUACCACAAAACUAUGGAAUAACUACCAUCGUCGUGAACAUGCCCUGGACAUGGCCAAGAAGCAGAAUGAAGCCUGGGGUCUUGGAUACAUUGAUCUGUUCCUCAUCCACUUUCCCUGCGCGUUGAAGUACAUCGAUCCUGAAGUCCGCCGUUACCCUGCAUGGUGGAUGGACGACAAUGGAACAGUAGAGCAGGACCGUGUUCCUAUUCGAGAGACCUGGGAGGCUCUCGAGAAUCUUGUCGAAAGUGGCAUUGCACACAGUAUCGGUGUUUCCAAUUUCCAGACACAGUCCCUAUACGACAUCCAGACGUACAAUCGUCAUCCUAUAUCUUCUCUGCAGAUUGAGCAUCACCCUUACCUCGUACAGCCGGAUUUGAUCAAAAUGGCUCAGGGAGCCAGCAUUGUUGUAACGGCUUAUUCUUCUUUCGGCCCUCAAUCUUUCUUAGAAUUGCCUCCAGCCUUCUCUAAGAAAGCUAAGGAUAUUCCUCUUCUUUUUGAUGCGGAACCCGUCAAAGCUCUCUCGGCGAAAUAUAAUGUCACUCCUGCUCAGGUUCUGUUGCGAUGGGCUACUCAACGUAACAUUGCUGUUAUUCCAAAAUCAAACAAUCCCUCUCGCCUCAGUCAGAACUUGAACGUUCUCGGUUUUGAUCUGGAGGAAUCUGAGAUUGAGUCCAUCUCGAAUCUCAAUAGGGGUCUCCGUUUCAAUGACCCUGGGUUUUAUCUUCCCAAUCAUCCUCUCCGUAUCUUUAGUUAA